CAAUUCCAACGCGGACACACUCUCUCUCACUUCACCAAGGAAAGGAAGGGUUUUUAGCCUCUCCACCGCCCCACGGACCCCUCUCUCUUUCUCUCUUCUGAGCUUCCCCUCUUUUCUCUCUCUUACCCUUAGAAGAGAGAAAAACCGAACCAGACUCGGAAUCGGAAUCACCUUAUAUCUAUAAAUCCAAUUCAAUAGGAUUCAGUUGUCUUGUUUCGCUGAGUCUAUCGUUGUUGUUCUGCUCUCUCUCUCUCUCUCUCUCUCUCUCUCUCUCUCUUUGUUCUUUGAUCGGACGGCGGAGAUUCUUUCAGGAGAUUAAGAUCGAGGUAUGCAGCAGGGUGAUCAGACGGUGUUGAGCUUGAGACCUGGUGGCGGUCGUGGUAGACUCCUUGGUCCUCGCUUCGACUCCUCCGCUUCUUCUGGCCCAUCUUCCUCGUCGUCUUCUUUAGCUUUCGGCUCCCUUUCUUCUGAUCUCCCUCUCUUGCGUCCCCAUGGUGGUGCUUCCUCUAAUUUCUCAAUCAAGGCUGGGGACUCACGGUUUGAGGGUUGUGAGCGUGUGAAGUACACCAGAGACCAGAUCUUACAGCUUAGAGAGGCUGUUGAGGUCCCUGAUGAAAUUCUGAAAGUAAAACAAGAAAUUGAAGCUGAAUUUCUUGGUGAAGAUCAGAGUUGGGGUCGUGCAGAAACCAAUCUGCCAACUCCACCUCAAUCUCAAGGUCGUUAUUCUGAGCCCGACAGUCGGGAUUGGCGUGGCCGCUCUGCUCCUGUUCCUGCUUCUGGAGAGGAACGAUCUUGGGAGACUCUUCGGGAGAAUAAAGAGUCUGGUAAUCGGUUUGAUUACAGACAACAAGAAGCAAAUCAACCUCAAUUUGCAAGGACACAUAACUCUUCCAACCAAGGGGGAGGGCCUGCUCCUGCUCUAACCAAAGCUGAGGUGCCAUGGUCAGCUAGAAGGGGUACCCUAUCUGAUAAGGACCGUGUGUUGAAGACUGUGAAGGGGAUACUGAACAAGCUGACCCCAGAGAAGUUUGAUCUCCUUAAAGGGCAACUUAUUGACUCUGGCAUUACUUCAGCUGAUAUCUUAAAGGGGGUUAUUUCACUGAUAUUUGAUAAGGCUGUGCUGGAACCUACAUUUUGCCCCAUGUAUGCUCUUCUGUGCUCUGAUCUUAAUGAAAAGCUUCCCCGGUUCCCCUCAGAUGAACCAGAUGGAAAAGAAAUCACUUUCAAGCGUGUCCUCUUGAAUAACUGCCAGGAGGCUUUUGAUGGUGCUGACAAAUUGAGGGAAGAAGUGAGGCAGAUGACUGCCCCUGAACAAGAGAUGGAGCGUAGGGAUAAAGAAAGAUUGGCCAAGAUUCGUACACUGGGAAACAUUCGUUUAAUUGGAGAGCUUCUGAAGCAGAAGAUGGUACCUGAAAAGAUUGUACAUCACAUUGUUGCGGAACUUUUAGGAGCUGAUAACAGAACUUGUCCUGCUGAGGAAAAUGUGGAGGCCAUAUGUCAUUUUUUUAACACUAUUGGUAAGCAGCUUGACGAGAGCCCAAAAUCACGCCGUAUAAAUGAUUUGUACUUCAGCCGAUUGAAGGAACUGACAACGAACCCUCAAUUGGCUCCAAGGUUGAGGUUCAUGGUUCGUGAUGUACUUGAUUUGCGGGCCAACAACUGGGUUCCCAGACGUGAAGAGGUAAAAGCCAAAACCAUUUCUGAAAUACAUACGGAGGCAGAGAAAAAUCUUGGAUUGCGUCCGGGUGCUGCUGCAAGCAUCAGAAGUGGUCGUAACAACGUUACUGGUGCUCAAGGGAAUACCAGUCCUGGGGGUUUCCCAAACAACCGAACUGGUUUAGGGGGUAUGAUGCCUGGAAUGCCUGGAAUGCCUGGGAUGCCAGGAACAAGGAAGAUGCCUGGGAUGCCUGGAAUAGAUAAUGAUGAUUGGGAGGUCCCUAGGAAUCGAUCAAUGCCACGAGGUGAUGCUGCUGGACGUGGCCAGUUGCCAUUCGUUGGAAAAUCAACAUCAGCGAACACAAGACUGUUACCUCAGGGUAGUGGUGGCCUUACCAGUAAUAGGCCAAGUGCCUUAUUGCAGGGUAGUGGUGGUGGUCCUGCUCGUCCAUCCAACUAUGCUUUUGGUGCAGAGCCUGUAGCUCAAGCGCCUGUGUCUGCUAGACCUGUUGUUGCUCCAUCUAUAUCACCACUUACUGAAAAGCCACAAGCCUCAGCUCCAGCUCCAAAGUUGAAACUGGAUGAGCUUAAGAAAAAAACAGUCUCCCUUUUGGAGGAAUAUUUCAGUGUUGGACUCUUAGAUGAAGCAUUACUGUGUGUGGAGGAGCUAAGAUCUCCAGCGUACCACCCUGAGGUUGUCAAGGAAGCUAUCUCCCUUGCACUAGAGAAAAGUCGACCCUGUGUUGAAUCACUUGUGAAGCUUCUGGAGUAUUUGUUUUCUAAGAAGGUGUUUACAGCUAGUGACAUAAGGAGUGGAUGUUUAUUGUAUGCAUCUAUCCUGAAUGAUGUUGGCAUUGAUCUGCCAAAAGCACCGAGUAACUUCGGUGAAGUUAUAGGGAAAUUAAUUUUGGUUGGAGGCUUGGAUUUUAAGGUGGUGAAAGAGGUCCUGAAGGAGGUGGAUGACGACUACUUCCAGAGAGCUAUAUUAGAGGCAGGACUGAAGGUUGUUAGUUCUAGUCCGUCUGGGCAAGGCGUGUUGGAUUCUCAAGUGUCUGAUAUUGAUGCCUGCCGGAGUCUAUUUUAGAAACCCUCGAACAGCUUCGCAUGAGCACAUGAGUUUCUGUGGGGGUGCGAACUCCAUGUGCUUGUGCUUCGCCUCUUUGCAACGCCGUUACCCUGCACCCUCUCUUUUUUGGGUGAGUGAUUUGUAUUACAAUAGAUGUGAUAAGGUGGAGAUGCCAGGGACAGGACAGGUUUUUUUUUUCUUUUUAAUUUGAGUUGUAUAUUUCCCGAGGUCAUAGUAGUGUGUUUAUUGAGGAAAGAAAUCAAAUCAUAAUGCCAUGGAUUUUGCUCUGGAGAUGUGGAUGGCUAAUCACGUGCUAUAUUUAAAUUUGCUCAAGGUGGAGAAUGUCCCUUCAAAGGAUCCAGUUGUUUUGUACUUGACUAGUUUUGUUUCGUCUUUUUUGGUUCUCUUCUUGACUAAUUAAAUUUAGUUCAUUGUUAAACUUGGCCAGCUCAUAAAUGCCAUGUCUUUAUAUUCCACUAUCAAAGGAAAUUGAUUCCGAGCA